CCGCCGCGGCCCCAGCGACCCGCGAGCGCAGCGCGGGCGGCGCCCGCCUCCCCGGUCGCGCGGCUCCGCUUUGUCCCGGGCCCAGCCCUCGGACCCCCGCGCCGCGCUGGCGUCGUCCUCGUCCCCGCCGGCGCCCCGGCCCGAGCCGGACGGCGAGGCCAUGGACGCGGAGCUUGUGGUGACACCGCCGGGCUGCGCGCACCUGGGCGGCUUCAAGGUGGACAACUGGAGGCAGAACCUGCGCGCCAUCUACCAGUGCUUCGUGUGGAGCGGCUCGGCGGAGGCCCGCAAGCGCAAGGCGAAGUCGUGCGUGUGUCACGUGUGUGGCGUCCACCUGAACCGGCUGCACUCCUGUCUCCACUGCGUCUUCUUUGGUUGUUUCACGAAGAAGCACAUUCACGAGCAUGCCAAGUCGAAAAGGCAUAACCUGGCCAUAGAACUUAUGUAUGGAGGUAUCUACUGCUUUUUGUGUCAGGACUACAUUUAUGACAAAGACAUAGAAAUCAUUGCCAAAGAGGAACAGCGGAAGGCUUGGAAAAUGCAAGGCGUCGGGGAGAAGUUUUCAACGUGGGAGCCGACCAAGCGGGAGCUCGAGCUGCUGAAGCACAACCCCAAGCGGCGGAAGAUCACGUCCAACUGCACCAUAGGGCUGCGCGGCCUCAUCAACCUCGGGAACACGUGCUUCAUGAACUGCAUCGUGCAGGCGCUCACGCACACGCCUCUGCUGCGCGACUUCUUCCUGUCCGACCGGCACCGCUGCGAGAUGCAGAGUCCCAGCUCCUGCCUGGUCUGCGAGAUGUCCUCCCUCUUCCAGGAGUUCUACUCGGGGCACCGGUCCCCCCACAUCCCGUACAAGCUGCUGCACCUGGUGUGGACGCACGCCCGGCACCUGGCGGGCUAUGAGCAGCAGGACGCGCACGAGUUCCUCAUCGCGGCCCUGGACGUCCUGCACCGGCACUGCAAAGGUGGGCGCCGCACAGGUGAUGACAACGGGAAGAAGGCCAACAACCCCAACCACUGCAACUGCAUCAUAGACCAGAUCUUCACGGGCGGGCUGCAGUCCGACGUCACCUGCCAAGUGUGCCACGGCGUCUCCACCACCAUUGACCCCUUCUGGGACAUCAGCCUGGACCUGCCUGGCUCUUCCACCCCCUUCUGGCCGCUGAGCCCUGGGAGCGAGGGCAGCGUGGUGAACGGGGAAAGCCACGCGUCGGGGACCACGACCCUCACGGACUGCCUGCGGAGAUUUACCAGACCAGAGCACUUAGGCAGCAGUGCCAAGAUCAAGUGUAGCGGUUGUCAUAGCUACCAGGAGUCCACCAAGCAGCUCACCAUGAAGAAGCUGCCCAUUGUGGCCUGUUUCCAUCUCAAACGAUUCGAACACUCGGCCAAACUCCGGCGCAAGAUCACCACCUACGUGUCCUUCCCCCUGGAGCUGGACAUGACCCCCUUCAUGGCCUCCAGCAAAGAGAGCAGGAUGAACGGGCAGUACCAGCAGCCGGCGGACAGUCUCAGCAACGACAACAAGGGACCUUGGAGAGCGGCCACUACACCAGCUUCAUCCGGCAGCACAAGGACCAGUGGUUCAAGUGUGACGACGCCAUCAUCACCAAGGCCGGCAUCGCGGACGUGCUGGACAGCGAGGGGUACCUGCUGUUCUAUCACAAACAGUUCCUGGAGUAUGAGUAGCCGUCGGCCUGCCGGCACGUCCCCCGACGUCGUCCCAGCCCCCCACGGGAGCCCCCAGCACGCCAGGAGCCUGGGGUCACGCUGUGUGGACACUUGGCAGGAGGUGGGCCAGGGGGGUCGGGGGGCAGAGGAGACACGGGCCUGAGUGUCUCCUGUGUCCCCUGCGAGCCGGGGCGGGCGCAGCUCCAGCGCCAGCCCUUCCGCGUGGCGGGCCCAGAAGGCGGGAGGGAGAGGAGACGCGGGCCCCUCGGGCCUUCCUCCUCCUGAGUUUGGUGUCGCGUGUGUGCAGCACGGACGCGGGCGUGACGGAGCCCCGGAGCCUGUGGCGCGUAAGACCCCGCGGGGCCUGCGAGCACGUCUGUCUGUUCUGCAGACAGCCGGCGUCAUCCUGCAUGUGGAAGCAUCUCCCCGUUUUCUAGAAAUAGGCGUUUUCUUAUCCUCCCCCUUUCUCUCUUUUUCCACGAUGGUGAAUUUCAUAAACGUGGUGACAGUGACGUGAAUGAAUUACCAAGUUCAGCCUGAGAUCGAGGCCGUUUUCCCUCUGCUCUGGAGGGCUGAGCUUGCUUGCUCAUUGGUGCUGUUUCUGUGUGUGUGCCCACCCCACCCCGCCAGGCCUGCGUGUCCUGGUCAGAGCUGCCGGGCGGGCACCGCGGAGAAGCUGCCGCGCUGGGGAUGCUCUCUGUCGUGUUGAUCUUUCGGUCACUGAAGCGUUUCCGGGGCUUUCACUGUUUCCUCCCCGUGUUUCCUCCCCAGCCACCUGUCCCUUGAGUUGUCCCCAUUGCCGCCAGGCGGCGGGUGUGUCAGAUGACAUGGGGCGGCCUCCAGGGGGGCUGCGUCCUGGCGCUGGGCACGUGCCAUUCGCUUCUGUUGGAGCCAGAGAAACUUCCGGGCCCGCGCUGGCGGGAGGGCUGACGGGGGUGCAGCACCGUUGCUCCCCGCGAGCCGUCUCGCGUGCACCUGCCCGUCCACGCCCGGGCUUAGGUGGUGUGUUUCUGAGAGAUUCCAGCGAUCCCUCUGACCUGUCGACCUGCGGCAGGGUCAGCGGACUUUCCGCAGCUGGCCAGGUGGUAGCCGUUUCCAGCCUUGUGGGCCCUGUGAUCUCCGCCGCAGGUGACACGUGGAGGAGUGCGGCUGUGUUCCAGUAGAACUUCAUGUGAGCACGGAAAUUAGGAUCUCGUGUACUUUUCCCAUGUCACAGAAUAUUAACUUUUUUCAGUGCUUAAAAACGUGUGCACGGGUCUCAGCCAACAGGCAGUGGGUCAGGUGCAGGUCAGCAGCUGCGUGGCUCCGGGAGCGGCGUGGCUGCUGCGUGGUGUGGACGAUGCUGGGGCCCCUGGGCAGGGUCCUCAGUGACGUGGCUCAGGCACCUUCUUGGGUCGUCCUCAGCUGUGUUUCUGCCUUUCGGGAACACGCGUCGUGACGCGUAGUUUAUCACAGCCACGAGCGUCAUUAGAGAAGAGCGGGGCAGCCUGUUCUCAGAGACGGCCCCGCGUGGGCUGUCCGCGCGACUGCUCUGAGGGUUCUGGGCAGAGGCCUCGCUCAGAGGGCCCUUGACUGGAGGUGGCUGCAGAGCUCUGGGCCCUGGGGCCUCCUGCCUCCUGGGGCCUCCUUGCUUUACUGGGGUGUCCUCUGUGCAGAGUGAGGACAGAGCAGAUGGACCGGUCCCGCGGUUUCUGGCAGGUCACCUGUGGUCUGGUCAGCCCUGUCCCCACUCUGUCCUCCCUGCACCCCAUCCCUGCACCCUGCUCAUGUCCAGGGCUCAGCUGCUCCAAGAACGUGAGGACUGGGGAGCCAGUGGGGCUGAGUUUCUCUUCUCUAGGUGUUAGUUUGAAUUUUUGUAUCCAGACUAGUCCCCUUUAUUCCCUCUGGCUUGGUGCUCUAAGCACUUCUCCCUCUGCUGCUGAGAUUCCCCUGCGACUGGAAGAGCUGCUUGGGGUGGAGGCUGGCUGCCUGACACCCCGCCCCCCCCACGUCCUGUGCCCUGAGGUCACCUUGUCAGGAACAAAGGACUACAUGAUGGGUUUGGGAGUUUAUUUUCUUUCAGCUCCCAACGCAGCUACUAAAUACAGGAAAAUGGUUUCUUGUUUCUAACAGCCACCCGUGUGGAUGUCCAAACCGCUAGGGAAUCCCUAGGCCACCCCUCUUCCCCUGCUAGUGUGUUUAAAGUGGCCUGUGUUUGAGACAGUGGCUGCUUUGUCAGCGCGUCACAGGAGACAGGGGCUCUCCCUCCCUGCUGUCCUGAGCUGGGUGCGGGGCUGCGGCCCUCCGCAGGCCGCCUUGGGCACCAGGACACCCAGUGUACCACGUGUGCUCGUGCUGUUGUAGUUCUGCUCGGUGUGGAUGCUUUCGUUGUAUAAAAUUGCUGUUUUUUUGACAAUUCCAGUGACUGUUUCAUUUGCUGUAACUUUGAAAACAAAAAUCGUAAGAACAAGAUGCCUGUGAUUGUGCUGUGACCUUACUGCUGGGGUGCCCCAUGUCCCUUUUCCCUGAAUGGCUUGUAGUCUCAUGUGUGUCAUAAUAAAGCUACACUUUAUUCUGAAAACCGGUGGUCUCACCU